CCAUCUCCUUGCCCACCCAUGGGCCUGAAAGCCGAGUCCCCAGACCCACCUACCCGCGCCGCCGGCGAACGCCGCGCUCAAACCUUGAAUCGCCGCCGUUGUUAGACAUGGCGGCCGCUCUGCGCAGAACCGCGGCUCCCAUGGCGGCGGCGGCGGUGUUCCGGCUCUCCGCACCACCGCGCCACGCCGCUCGCCUCGCGCGGUUCCUCGGCGGCGCCUCCGCUGCUUCCUCCGAUGCGGCGGUUGCUUCGGGGGAGUUCGUCCCGUGGCACAACGGCGGGGGCGUCUUGCACAGGGCCGCGUCCGUUGACCCCACCGCGGUGGUGGAGGCCGGCGCCGUCGUGCACUCCGGCGCCGUUCUUGGCAAGGAUGUCGUCGUCGGCUCGGGAGCCGUGGUCGGGCCCUCCGUGUCCAUCGGUCAGUCAACCAGGAUCUGGUACAAUGUUGUUUUGAGCAAUUGUUCGGUGGGCGAGUUCUGCACUCUCCACAAUGGCGCCUGCAUUGGUCAAGAUGGUUUUGGUUUCUUUGUGGGGGAUGAUGGACAGGUUAAGAAGAAACUGCAGAUGUUGCAUGUAAAAAUUGGAAAUCAUGUGGAGAUAGGUGCAAAUACAUGUAUUGACAGAGGGAGUUGGAGAGAUACAGUAAUUGGAGAUGAAACCAAAAUUGACAAUCUUGUUCAGAUUGGUCACAAUGUAGUAAUUGGAAAGUGUUGCAUGAUUUGUGGACAAGCAGGAAUUGCUGGUUCUGCAACAUUGGGGGACUAUGUAACCUUGGGUGGUAGGGUGGCAAUUCGGGAUCACGUCUCCAUUGCUUCAAAGGUUCGGCUUGCAGCAAAUAGUUCGGUGACAAAGGAUAUUCAGAAACCCGGUGACUAUGGCGGGUUUCCAGCAGUCCCUAUAAAUGAAUGGCGCCGGCAGACUGCAAACUUGCGCAUAUUUUCGAAGAAAGAUGGUGGUAGAAGAUAGUAUGUACACAAUCCUGUGACGCCAAAACAAAAUGAUGUAACCAUAUUUUUUUAGCAGAUGUAUAGGCUUGUAGUUUGCUCUGUGAAGCUGAUGCAAUACCCCAUUUUGUCUAAUGGAAUCACUGAUAUCUUUUACCUCAACAUCUGAGAUGACCCAACUUGUAGAACAAGGGCCGCCAUAUUCAGCCAUCUCAGUAUUUGAAAUUUGAUUUGUUAUCUUCUGGUUUGUAUCAACAACAGUUCUGGAAGGCCAUUUUUUAUUGUCAGAUAUGUAAUAUGUUAAGCUAUCCAUCUCAAUGUAUCGUCCUCUAUUGAAAUACAAGUAAAUUGUCUAUCUUUUCUCCUCA